AUGCCCGGCACGCCAACGCAUGUGCUCUUCGAGUGCGCCGCGGGCCUUGCGGUAUUCAAGGUCGAGCAGGUCGAGAGCAUCGGCUCGCAGACCAAGCAGGUGCAGGACGCGAUGACCGAUUUGCCGUCGUUCGGCAAGAUGGUCCAGCUGCUCAGCUUCGCCCCGUUCAAGAGCGCACCCGAGGCGCUGCAGGGCGCCCUCGACAUCUCCGAGGGCGUCGUAAAUGACCACCUCCGCUCGCUGCUCACGCUCAACCUGAGUCCCGAGGGCAAAAAGGUCAAGGGCGUCGAGCUCGGCGUGUGCGACCGCAACCUCGCCAGCUCGAUCGUCGCGGAGCUCGGCAUCCCCUGCGACACAGGCGAGACGACGCAGGAGCUCAUCCGCGGCGUGCGUCUGCACGCCGAGAAGCUCCUCAAGGGCAUGCACGAGGGCGACCUCGCGCGCGCCCAGCUGGGUCUCGGCCACUCGUUCUCGCGCUCCAAGGUCAAGUUCAACGUGAACCGCAGCGACAAUAUGAUCAUCCAGGCGAUCGCGCUGCUCGACACGCUCGACAAGGAUGUCAACACGUUCGCCAUGCGCGUGCGCGAGUGGUACGGCUGGCACUUCCCCGAGCUCGUGCGCAUCGUCCCGGACAAUCUCACGUACGCCAAGCUUGCUCGCUUCAUCAAGGCGAAGGAGAACCUCAGCGAGGAGCACCUCGACGAGCUCACCGAGAUCCUGAACGGCGACGAGACUGCCGCACACAACGUCCUCGAUGCGAGCCGCGCCAGCAUGGGCACCGAGGUCGGCGAGCUCGACAUGGUCAACAUGGAGCACUUCGCUGACCGCGUCGUGCAGCUGGCCGAGUACCGCAAGAACAUGCACAACUACCUCAUCGAGAAGAUGCACCUCGUCGCGCCGAACUUGUCUGCCCUCGUCGGCGAAGUGGUCGGCGCCCGCCUCAUCUCGCACGCGGGCUCCCUGACCAACCUCGCCAAGUACCCCGCCUCCACGGUGCAGAUCCUCGGUGCGGAGAAGGCAUUGUUCCGCGCGCUCAAGACGAAGGGCAACACGCCAAAGUACGGCCUGAUCUAUCACGCGUCGGCCAUAUCGCGCGCCGCGCCCAAGAACAAGGGCCGCAUGUCGCGCUUCCUUGCCAACAAGAUCAGCAUUGCGUGCCGCAUUGACUGCUUCUCCGACGCGCCCUCCACCAAGUUUGGCGAGGUCCUGCACAUGCAGGUCGAGGAGCGCCUCGCCUUCUACGAGACGGGCAAGCCUACGACGAAGAAUAGCGAUGCCAUGCGCAAGGCGAUUGCCGCUAUGGAGGAGGCCGCCGGCGACCUCAUGGACGUCGACGCUGACGAGGAUGCUGACGAGGACGACGAGCCUGCUGAGCCCGCCAAGCCCAAGGAAAAGAGCAAGAGCGCCAAGAAAGAAAAGAAGGACAAGAAGGAAAAGAAGGACAAGUCCAAGUCCAAAUCCAAGGCGGACGAUGUGGAAAAGGCCGCGAAAAAGGCGGCCAAAAAGGCGGCCAAAGAGGCCAAAGAGGCCAAGAAGGACAAGAAAAAGAAGGAUGCCUGA